GGCCCGGGGCGCGGGGAGCCGAGCGGCGGGCGCCGGGGCCGGCAUGGCGUGGCCCUGCAUCAGCCGCCUCUGCUGCCUGGCGCGCCGCUGGAACCAGCUGGACCGCUCCGACGUGGCAGUGCCGCUGACCCUGCACAGCUACUCGGAACUCGAGAGCGAGGAGCCGGGCCCGGGCGGCGCCUCCUCGCGCAGGGGCCCGUCCCCCGCCGGCGCCCGGAACCCCAGCCGGGACGUGCCGCUCACUCAGUACCAGCGGGACUUCGGCGUGUGGACGGCGCCCGCGGGGCCCAGAGAUGCGCCGCAGGAGCGCGGGCCGGGGCCAGGCGGCCGCAGGGGCAAGCCCCCCGCGCCCUCCGCCCGGGGGGUCUACGUGCUCCCCAUCGGCGACGCGGACGCGGCGGCAGCAGCGACCACGUCGUACAGACAGGAAUUCCAGGCCUGGACUGCAGUGAAGCCAUCGAGAUCCAGAAAGGCGAAACCCGCCACCGUUGUCACAACCCACAGCUCCGGAUGGGAGAGCAGCCCCGGGGCCAGUUUCCAGGUCCCUGAGGCGAGGAAGAAGUUUGCUCCUAACCCCUCAGCCAUCUUUCAGACUUCAGCUCCCCGGAUCCUCAACGUGUGACUGCCCACCAAGAGGAGAGUGCCACGGGGUGGGUCAGAGCCCGCUGCCACCAGGGGACGGGGUGAACUCUCGGACCGGACGCUCCCCUGCUGUCAGAGGAGGGGAAGGGUCCCUCUUGUCACUGUGGGGCACCAUUCCUCUCCAAGCUGCCGCCAGGGCUGCGGGCCUGGUGCAGAGGCUCAGACGGACACGGCACCACCCAGCUCCACUCGGGGCCUCAGCCAUCCUCUUCUUCCUCGAGAAGCGUGCAGAAGGCUUCAGAUCUGUUUUUAAUUGAUCUUAAUUUUGGCCAUCCUUCAGUUUUUAAAUCUGAAGAACUUGAGGAUCAAUUCUUUUGUGAACUGAAUUGGUCCAUCGGGGCUGAGGAACAUGGACAUUAACAGGUUCUCGAAAGAACCAGUUAUGUCCACUUUGUUUUCCCAGGUUGUAUAAUUUAUAACCUAUGGUAACCCAAGGUGCUGUCCUUGGAUAGUCCUACAAAUGGCCCCACAAGUUCAAGGUGUAGAAAAAAUCUUAGGUGGUCACCCACAUGGGACUCAUGGUGAUGCUGAGUAACCAGCAAGGAGUUUCCAAAAGAGACAAUAUCAAUCAUAGGGUUUCAAUGUCAAAGACGUAACUUCCUUAUGGCCAAGGUGACCCUUAGGUUUAAUGAAACAUUUCUUGGGAGAGUGUUUGAUGCACUGAAUGAAUGAAUGACUUUGACCUUGUGGUAGCUUUCUGAGCCCAUUUUAUUACUAAUUCUAAUUUUUUCCCUUAACAUAUUGAUGACUAGAAGGGAACUACCAUACACACUAAGAAUUGGGAGCACUUUUGGGAAGAAGGCAGCAUUAGCCUCGUUUCCUGAAAGACCUCAAAAUGUCAUCUACAGCAACCUCUGCCCUCACGCCUGCCCUACUUUCAUACUCUCAGUCACAGGGAGCUUACUACCUGUUGAGGAAGACAGCUCUCUCCAGACAUUUGUGCUAAAUUCCAGCCAGUGAGGCCACAUGGAACAAGCCUGGUCCCCUGUUUGCACAGCAGUCCUUUAAACAUUUGAAGGAAUUUAUGUUCCUUCUUAGAGACUAGGGGCACAAGCUUUGGACAGUUUUUGGCAAGGAAACUCAGGAUUUCCCCGUGGGUCUUUAUCCCUCUCCAUCCCACACGGGCUCCAGUCUGGUGAGCACUUACUUAAGCUGCAGGAGGGGGAUCUGGGUUUUGGAGCCGCCUCAGCGUGGAGGCGAGGCCGUGUUUCCAGCUCAGGCUGCAAAGGGGGCCAUCCCCUGAGGUGCUAGCUCCGGCAGGCACAGCCCCUCCCUCACUCCAGCAGAGGAAAUGCUCGGAGAGAAUCAUUUGAAAGGGAAAACCAAAACCAUAUGGUUACACAAAGGUUCUAUUAUUUCAGACGUCAUUGGUUCGCAUGUUAGAUGUUUUGAAGAGAAAAGAGCCUGCCCACUGGGCAUUCUGUGGGAAGUGCACAGAUUCACUGUACAAUCUCAGAUCUUACUAAAAUGCAGAAAUGCACUGUUUCCAUUUCUUGUCACUUUAUUUCUUUAAUUAUAAACGAGCACCUUCUCAUACGUCUUCCUGUGUCCUCCUCUUGGUAUCGAGGACUUUCACGUAUCAUGGCCACUGCUGGUGUCCCUUGGAGGCUUGUGAAUCCUGAGAACUCUCCCUUUGGGCUGCAGGCCACACUGGCGUUAUCGAUUUCACAGAAGCCACCAACCUCCCCUCUUUCACAUGUCUCCCUACUCCCCACCCCGGGAGCCUAGGACAAAAGGACUGUCUUUGAAGCUAGUCGUGGGCUCAACUCCUGGCUUCUCCACGCCCGAGCUGUGAGCAGCUGAAGCUUCCCGUUUCCCUAUGUGCACAGAGAGGCCAGCACCCGCUGCCGUGCUAGAGCAUGCGUUCGCGUGCAGGUGCGCAGACAGUAAAUGCCGGCAAAGCACAGCUGCUGGAGUUCUUCUUUCCUGCCCAGGCGCCCUUCCCCCCUCCCAGCGAGCCGGCUCUAUUCUCAUCCGCAGCUUUGGUUCAUCUGACACCACUGACAGUCCUUCCCUCCAGAGCUUGUCACACUGCACAGCUGGCAGUGCCCUCCCCUCCCCCAGAGCCUGCCCGGGAAGCCCAGUCAUUCUUUUGCUCUAUAGACAGACCCAUCAGCUCCGCUGGCCGUCGGCUGGGACAGAGCAGGGUGCCCCUUCCUGGCAGCGUUGACUCCGCAGCAGCGAGGGGGGGGGGGGGGGGAAGCACCACUGCCUCAGGCCUGACCGCUGGGAGACAGGUGUGCCUGCUCGACAUCCUUUUUAGAAUGCACCAGAACAGAAAGCUUUUCACAAACACCCCAACCCCAUAACCUUUCUUACUAGACUUCAUUAACUAUGAGGAGAUCUGGGUUCUGAAGAAGAAACUGCUUUCUACGCCGUUGUGGGAAGGCCUGACAUCGUGUUACUGGAGUGGCCUUGAGAAGCAACUGAGACAAGUCUCAGCUAUGUGGUCCCAACACAUAUACAUCAUACACACAAUAUACGUAGAUAGAGACAGAAACGCACUGGGAAUAUUAACAGUGGUUAUCUUUGAGAAGGGGAAUUAUGGGUAAUUUAAAAUUUUUUACCCCUUACUACAUUUGCUAAAGUGUCUAUAUAAUAAACAUUUUUGUAUUAAUUCUGUAAAGAGAAAAGUUUUUUAAAAAAUAAAAAACAAUCUGUUUGCUAAGUUCAGCCAAAGAGUCCACUAUUAAUCACUCCAUAACCAAAGUUGGCGCUGCCACGCGCUGCCUCCACCAGCCAUGAGGAUGCGCUAGGAGGCCCCAGUGCAGCAGCCCCUGAGG